AUGUUGUCCUUUGUGAUUCUAGCACUGUUGGGUGCAGCAGCUGCCCUUCCACUAGAAGAUGAUAAAAUUGUUGGUGGCUAUGAAUGUCAAAAGAACUCUUUACUUUUAAAAACUCUGUGUUUCAUUCAUUCAUUCAUUCAUUUCAGGCGUAUUCAGGUCAGACUGGGUGAGCAUAACAUUGAUGUUUCAGAAGGAACUGAGCAGUUCAUAAACUCAGAGAGAGUUAUCAGACACCCCAACUACAACUCCUGGACCAUCGACAAUGACAUCAUGCUGAUCAAACUUGCCACCCCUGCAAACCUCAAUGCUUAUGUACAGGCUGUUGCCCUCCCAAGUGGAUGUGCUGCUGAUGGGACAUACUGUCUCAUUUCUGGAUGGGGGAACUUGUCAAGCAGUGGAAGUAACUAUCCUUCCAGACUCCAGUGCCUUGAUGCUCCCAUCUUGAGUGAUGCCAGCUGCAGAAGUGCAUAUCCUGGUGAAAUAACUGCUAACAUGAUCUGUCUUGGCUUCCUUGAAGGUGGAAAGGAUUCCUGUCAAGGCGAUUCUGGUGGCCCAGUUGUUUGCAAUGGACAGUUGCAGGGCAUUGUCUCCUGGGGCUAUGGGUGUGCUGAGAGGAACCACCCUGGGGUUUACACCAAAGUAUGCAACUACAAUGCCUGGAUUCAGAACACCGUCAGUUCCAACUAA